AUUCCUGCACUAGACUGCACUGGAACGUUCUUUCUUGCUUUCGCUAACUUUGAAACAUCUAUCUAUUUCAUUUUAAGUGUACACUUAUUUAGAGAGGUCAGGAACAGAAAACAAACGGACAAUCGACUCUCUGCUGAACGCAUCCAUUCAUGCGUGGUGGGAGUAGUCUAUUCCCGCAUUCAUGUAUCUCAUCGUAGAUGCCACCCGUAGCAGUGCUCGUCACUGCAUGAUAAGUAAUUUUAGUUAGUCCACAAAAUUUGUGUAUUUUGUGCAAGGAUAUUUUUACUUUUUCAAAUAAAAAAAUUGCUAAUAAAAAUGUUCCGCAAUCAGUAUGAUAGUGACGUGACAGUAUGGAGUCCGCAAGGACGACUGCAUCAGGUGGAGUACGCUAUGGAAGCUGUAAAGCUGGGAUCGGCUACUGUAGGUCUUAAGAGUAAAACACAUGCUGUUCUUAUUGCGCUGAAAAGAGCGUCAUCGGAAUUGUCGGCUCAUCAAAAGAAAAUCAUACCUAUAGAUAAACAUAUGGGAAUCAGCAUCUCAGGUUUAACAGCUGAUGCAAGAAUAUUGAGCCGUUAUAUGCGAACUGAAUGUCUGAAUUAUAAGUACGCUCACGAUGACACAUUACCUGUAGGCCGUCUGAUUACAUCUCUAGGAAAUAAGAUGCAAACGUGCACGCAAAGAUACGAUCGACGUCCAUACGGCGUGGGUUUACUUGUGGCUGGAUACGAUGAUCAAGGGCCGCAUAUAUAUCAGACAUGUCCAUCAGCGAAUUAUUUCGAUUGCAAAGCAAUGGCUAUCGGAGCGCGUUCUCAAAGUGCAAGGACAUAUUUGGAGAAACACCUAAAUGAAUUUUUGUCGUCCGAUCUUGACGAGCUAGUCAAGCAUGGCCUUAGAGCGUUACGUGAUACUUUACCGAAUGAAGUCGAUCUAUCAGUGAAAAAUGUAUCAAUUGGAAUAGUAGGAAAGAAUUAUGAUUUCGCUAUUCUCGAUGAAACCACAACAGCCGCUUACUUAUCCCAAAUUGAGGGAGAUGAUAAACGUGGACGGCCUAUCGAACCACCUGUACAAGAUGACAGCAGACCACCACAAGAUCCACCGGCUGACGAAGGUCCUCAGGAUCCUCAAAUUGCUAUCGCCAUGGAGACGGAUUGAAAUAGUAAUCUGAACUUUAUUUGCAUUCAAUUUAUAUAUAACGUAAAAUUACAUUUUACUACAUUUCAAUUUUGUAAAAUCUAAACAAAAAACAGAAUAUUUAUUAUCAAUAUAUUAACAGUAAUAUGUUGGCUUAAA